AUGGCAGAACGACUUCUCUUCGGCACUGCCCAGCGAAUCAUUGAGACUUUUGGUUCAUUGGCUGCCAAAGAGAUCGGACUUCUCUGGGGUGUCCAAGAUGAGCUUCAAAGCAUGAGGGACACCGUUUCAACAAUCGAAGCUGUGCUUCUGGAUGCGGAGGAGCAACAUGCUGCUGGGAACCAUCAAGUCACAAUUUGGCUCAGAAAGCUCGAAGAUGCCAUUUAUGAUGCCGAUGACUUGCUGGAUGCUGUUUCCACUGAAGCUCUACAAAGGCAAGUAAUGACCCAUCAUAAGAAGGCCAAACAGGUACGUAUUUUCUUUUCCAAAUCAAAUCAGCUUGUCUAUGGUCUUAAAAUGGCCCAUAAGAUUAAGGCCAUGAGAGAGCGGUUAGAUGCCAUCGUCUCAGAUAUGCAGAGAUUCCACUUAAAGUUAAAGCUAAGCCAUGUGGAGUCACGAGCAGGAGGCCAUAGGGACAGGGAUAACACUCAUGGUUAUGUAUGUGCGGAAGCAAUUAUAGGGCGAGAUGAUGAUAAGAAAGCAGUUAUAGACCGUCUACUGGACUCCAACGUUGAAGACAAUGUUUCAAUCCUUCCAAUUGUUGCCAUUGGUGGAUUAGGAAAGACUACUCUGGCUCAACUCAUAUUCAAUGAUGGGCAAAUCCAAAAGCAUUUUCAGCUCAAAAUGUGGGUGUGUGUCUCUGAUUCCUUCCACGUUAAAAAUAUUGUUGAAAAAAUCUUUGAAGCUGCAACAAAGACGAAAUUGGACACUGCUGAAAUGCAUACAUUGGUGGGUGAACUUAAAGAAAAAAUCGAUGGAAAGAAAUACUUGCUUGUGUUGGAUGAUGUGUGGAAUGAGAAUCAGGAAAAAUGGUCUCACUUGAAACAAGUGCUGAUGGGUGGUGCAAGCGGCAGUAGAAUAUUAGUUACUACUCGCAGUGAAAUCGUUGCAAGGAUUGUCAGGACUGUUGAAUCAUAUCCCUUAAGGGGUUUAGACAAAGAUGAUUCAUGGUCUUUAUUUAAGCAGAUGGCGUUUGAGAGAGGACAGGAGCCAGAGGAGAAUUCAAGCAUCGUAGCCAUUGGGAGGGAGAUCCUAGCAAAGUGUUCAGGUGUCCCGCUGGCCAUAAGGACAAUUGGAGGUUUACUACGCAUCAAAAAUUCAGAAGGAGAGUGGUUGGCUUUUAAGAAGAAUGAACUCUCAAAAAUAUCUCAAAAUGAAAAUGACAUCUUACCAACUCUAAAGUUGAGUUAUGAUCAUCUUCCUUCACAUUUAAAGCACUGCUUCGCUUAUUGUAGUUUGUAUCCAAAAAAUUACCGGUUUUAUAAAUCAGAACUGAUUCUGCUUUGGAUAGCACAAGGGUUUGUCAAGUCAUCGGAUAAGAACCCAUGCUUGGAAGAUGUUGGUAAUGAGUAUUUUAUGGAUUUACUUUGGAGAUCAUUCUUUCAAGAAGCUAAAAUGGAUGAGUUUGGUAACAUAAUGGAAUGCAAAAUGCAUGACCUCAUGCAUGAUCUUGCCAUUUCAGUAGCAGGAUCGAUGAUCACCACAUUAGAUGAUGAUAAGGAGAGAAACGUUGCUGAAAAAACUCGUCAUGUAUCAAUUGUUGGUUACGAUAUCAAUACUUCAUCAAUUACAACCUCAUUGAGUAAAGCAAGUAGUAUGCGAACAUUUCUUUACCAUUCCACUUCCUACAAAUUUUGGGGUGAGUCAGAUUGUGAAGCAAUUUUUUCAACUUCCAAGAUCUUGCGCGUGUUGUAUUUGAGCGAGAUAUCUUUUGAUUUUUUGCCCAGCUCUAUUGGGAAGUUGAAGCAUUUAAGAUAUCUUGAUCUUUCUAUGAACCACAAUCUCAAGAAGCUACCCAAUUCUAUAACAAGGUUGCAGAAUUUGCAAACACUAAUACUCUCAUUUUGUCUUAAGCUUGAAGAAUUGCCAAAAGACAUUAAAAAAUUAGUCAAUCUCAGGCAUCUUGAUAUAUAUGAAUGUUCUCGGUUGACUUAUAUGCCACCUGGAUUGGGGCAACUGACUAAUCUUAAGACUUUAUCAAACUUUGUUGUCCACAAGGAUCCUCUCUCUAGGCAUAUCAGUGGGUUAAAAGAACUAAACAGACUAAAUAACUUGAGGGGACGCUUAGAUAUUAAAAAUCUGAGACACGAGAAAGAUGCAACGUCAGAAUUUAAGGCUGCAAAUUUAAAGGAGAAAGAACAUCUUCGUGCUUUGGAUUUACGGUGGAGUAUCAAAGGAGGUGUCAUUGCUUCGGACGAUAUUGUUGACGAUGAAUUGUUAUUGGAAGUCCUCCAACCACACCUAAAUCUGAAAAAACUUCGUUUACAAGGCAAUUACGGUUCAAGGCUUCCGAUUUGGCUUUUGUCACUCACAAAUCUUGUUAUAUUUAAGAUAGAGGGGUGUACGAAAUGCCAAUAUCUGCCUCCAUUAACUCAACUGCCUUCUCUCAAAAUUCUUCAUCUUAACCAAAUGGAUGCUAUGGAGUACAUAUUAGAGAGUGGUGAUAGCAAUGAGUUUUCUUCCUUUUUCCCAUCUCUCAAGGAAAUCAGGCUCGAUUGUUGCCCUAAUCUUAAGGGGUGGUGGAGGAGGAGGGACUCUUCUGUGGAGGUCGAUAGUGAUAGUCAUAAUUUUGUUGAAAUAACGGAGCAUCCUUUACUCCCUUCCUUUCCUCGUCUUUCAACAUUAGUGAUCUGGAGUUGUCCUAUCUUGACUUCCAUGCCAAUGUUUCCACAUCUUGAAGAAGAUUUGUACCUUGACUAUACUAGCUCAAAGCCACUGCAACAGACAAUGAUGAUGAAUAUGGCAGCACCGCAAAGUCCAACAUCAACAGCAACAACUUUCUCUUCAUUCACUCCUCUCUCAAAAUUGAAGGUUAUAACACUAUCUUUCAUUGAGGAUCUAGAAACUCUACCAGAAGAUUUGUUGAAAAACCUCACUUCUCUCCAGUCUUUAAAGAUAAGGAAUUGCCAUAGAUUAAAUUCUCUCUCCACAGGUAUACAACAUCUCACUGCCCUUCAAGACCUGGAACUUUAUAAUUGUGAUGAGCUUGAGCUUGCCAAUGAUGAGGAUGGGAUGCAAUGGCAAGGCCUUAAGAGCCUCUUAUCUUUGGAGUUUUCAAAGCUUCCGAAAUUGGUGUCUCUCCCGUUAGGGCUUCAACAUGCGACCACCCUACAAAGCCUUGAGAUUUCAAAUUGUGAAAACUUGACGUCUAUACCAGAGUGGAUCCACAGCUGCACAUCACUUCAAGUGCUUGAAAUUGAUGAAUGCUCCAGUUUGACAUCAUUGCCCGAAGGAAUCCACAGCUUAACAUCUUUGCAGAGGCUGAAAAUUGAGAAGUGUCCCAUCUUAUUGCAAAGAUGCGAGAGAGAAGUAGGUGAGGAUUGGGCCAAGAUUUCUCACAUUCCAAAGUUAGAAUUAAAGUAUCCGGAUUCAGAUGCAAAGGAAACAGAGGAUUUGGAGCAUAUUUAAAAAUCUAGGGCGCUGAAUUCAUGAUUCCUCUAUUGUGUGAUCUGAAACAAAAGACAGUAAGUCAAGUCGCUCAUCAAGAUCCUUGCCCACCCCUACACCAUGGUGUUCAAGUUGUACUGGGCAGGAGGAUUGAGCACUGAUUGAUGGGAUGAAGCCCAGAUUGGCCUCUACACCGGAAUUGGUGUACUGCUAUGAUUUAUUGGGUUUGGCGGGGCUUGAGCUUGAGCUUUUGUUCACGUUAUUGGGUUACAGUUUUUUCUCCUGCAAUCUUCAAGUCACCAAUGACUUUUCUGCUAUGGAAAUUGAUUACCCUCUAAAUGUUUAGCAGAUGGCUCCAAAAGAGUUCGGCUUCCUCAUUUUCUCAGUGCACAGUCAUAUGAUGAUGAUAAGAAGCAAAGGAGGCUCGAGAGACGGCAGUGUAAUGUUCUUGUGAACUGAUAACACAUAUUCUCUGGACUUCAAUCUCGUCUCUUGUUAUGUUAGUUUCCCAUGUAUUCAAAUAUUUUAUAAUUUUGUUCAACAUUAUGAAAGGGAUUGGUGCCUUGUAGAAUGGCCUUCCCCUUAAAAAAAGAGAAACUCUAUUGUGAAAUGAUGUUAUAUCUUUAGCAUUGCUUAGAAUCGUGACAUG